AUAAAUAUAUGUCCACGGUCUACGCCGACCGCCUCCGCGCGGCCUUUGCCCGCGACGGCUGGGUGACGAUCCGACGGGCUGUGGAGCCGGCGACGAUGGAGUCGCUGAUGGCGCAGAUCGCGAGGGAGCUCGAGGCGCCGUCCAUCGCCGCCGAGUCUGGUGAGGCGUCGGCCAGCCUCGAUCGGCCAGACACGUGGCCUUCGGGCGGGUCUCGCCGCGUGCUGGAGGUGACGCCGCCGGGCGACGCAGCACACUGGGCCGAGCUCGUCGCCUCGCCGCGGCUCGUUGCGGCGCUCGACGCGAUUCUGGGCGAGGGUGGCUGGGAGCUUCCCGUCAACGCGGCCGCGCCGACCGACGGCGGCCGCGUGCCCGUGCGGCACUGGUACGCCCCGGUCGCAUUCCCCGAUGAGCGCGGAGGCUGCGACGACCCGGCCGGGAGCUGGGCGCCAGUGAACCGCCGCGGCGAGCGGUGGCGUGGCUGGCACGUCGACAUCGGACCUGGCUUUGACACAGGCGCCGCGCGCACCAGCGAGGGCCACCCCUUCCAGGGCGCCGUCGUGCUGCUGCUCGGGUCGGGAUGGUCGCCCGGCGGCGGCGGCACCGCGCUCAUCCGCGGCUCUCACCGGUGGGUUGCGGCGGCGCUGCGCGAGGUGGGAGAGCGCGGCGUGCCGCACGACGAGCUCAACGGCUGGUCGGCUCGCGAGGCGGGGGCGCGGCGAGAGGCGGGCUGCCUGCGGCUCGCCCGGGAGAGCGGCGGCGGCCGGGCGGCGGCGGGCGAGCCGGCCCACGAGGAGGAGGGUGCGGCGUCCGAGGCGGAGGUGCUGCAGGUGUGCGGCGAGGCGGGCGACGUGGUACUCCUGCACCCGUGGCUCGUGCACGGCGGGACGAGCAACCGGGCCGCCACGCCGCGCGUGCUCGUCAACGGCAUGGCGCGUGUGACGGCGGAGGCCUUUGCGGCGCACGGAGUGCGGAGCCUCGCCCUCCUCUCCGCCCCUCCGCCCUCGCGCUCCGGCGAGGCCUCUGCAGGGUGCGCUUCUUCCGCGGGGCUUGCGGCAUGCUCGGCCGGCGAGCCAUGCCCGGCCGGCGAGCUAAGGGCGUCCUUAGGCGAGCCGUCCAAGCGGCCGCCCGACGAGGCGCUCCUCCUCCCGCCGCCCAAGCGCCCCUCCGUCGCCUCCGCCGAGUCGCUCGCGGCCGAGGUUGCUCGGCUCGGCGCCGCGGCCGAGGGCAGGCCGCGCGACGUCGACCCGUCGCUGCCGCGCGUCUCGCUCGUCGUGCCGGCGCACAACGCGGCGUGGUGCCUCGACGAGGCGCUGGCGUCGGUGCUCGCGCAGACGUACCGCGGGCCGCUCGAGGUGUCCAUCUUCGACGACGGCUCCUCCGACGGCACCCGCGCCCUCAUCGAGGCGUGGAUCCCUCGGCUGCGCGCCGCCCGGGUCGAUUGUGUCGCGUCGGGGUCGCGGUGGGGCGGAGACGCGCACGCCGAGGCGGGCGGGAUCGGGUUCGCAAAGAACCGCGCCGUUGCGCAGUCGUCGGGCUCGCUGCUCGCCUUCCUCGACGCAGACGACGUCAUGCUGCCGCGGCGCGUCGAGCUGCAGGUCGCCGCGCUGUCCGCUUCGCCCCGCUCCCUUGUCGGCGGGGCGUGGCGGCGGUGGCCGGACGGCGCGACGGCGCACCACGAGGCGUGGGCGCACUCCCUCGACGAGGAGGGGCUCUGGCUGCACCAGUUCCGGGAGACGACGGUCCAGAUGCCCACUUGGGCCAUGGCGCGAGCAACCUUCGACGCGGUCGGCGGCUUCGAGGAGGUGCCUGCCGAGGACCUCCUCUUCUUCCACGCGCACCUCGACCGGGCCGCGCGCGCAGAGCGGCCGCUCCUCCGAGUCGGCGGCCGCGAGGAGCCGCUCCUCUGCCCGGCCGACGACAUGACGCUGCUGCAGGCUCGCGCCGCCGCGUUCGAGCGGCGCGUGCUGAGCGACCCUCGCUGGGCGACCUUCACCGUCUGGGGCGCGGGCAGGGACGGGAAGGCGUUCGUCGCCGCGCUCUCGGCCGCCGCGCGGUCGCGCGUCGUCGCGCUCGCCGACAUCAACCCGCGCAAGGUGGGCGAGCUGUACACCAACCACAGGUUGCGCGGCAGCGACGGCGCGCUGCUGCCGCCGUUCACCCUCCCCGUCGUGCACACGCGCGACAUCCGCGGACCCGUCGCGGUCUGCGUCUCGCUUCGCCGCGCCGAGGAGGGCGGGGAGGGCGAGAUUCAGCGAGUUGCGAGAGGGCUCGGCUUGGUCGAGGGGGAGACUCUCUGGUACAUUUUUUGA